AUGUCUGAUGAGCUCGAGGCUCGGAUGUGGGACGAUGGGGCCUCCCGGUACGAGUCCAGGGGCCGUGGCCCUUACUUCGAGUCAGCUUUCGCCUCAUCAGAACAUUUGGACAGAGCACCUUUGUUGUCUGAGGAAACGUACACGGAUGUCCCGGUGGCGCCCUCUUCAGACGUGGAGCACUGUCACUGGCCGCCGCCUGCGCAGCCGCCCAGCGCAAUACCGCAGCUUCUUAUAGCACUAGUGUUAUGCGCAAUUUUUAUGGUAUGCGAGUUAAUCGGCGGGUAUCUAGCAGGCAGUCUCUCGGUGAUGAGCGAUGCUGCUCACAUGCUGAGCGACUGUGGUGGGUUCGCGCUAGCGCUGCUCGCCUUCCACUGCGCUAAACGGAGACCUGAUGUCCACAUGUCGUAUGGGUACAAACGUGCUGAGGUUCUAGGCGCGAUGCUAUCAGUGCUUCUAAUCUGGAUUCUGACGGGUAUCUUCGUGUACGUGGCGGUGGUGCGGCUCCAUACAGGGGAGUAUAAUAUUGAGCCGGACAUGAUGAUGAUCGUGUCUGGUUGUGGGGUGGGCUUCAACGUCAUACUGGCGCUCGUCUUACAUGGUUGCGCCUCUGAUAUCGCCCACCACCACACUCACGGCGGCGCAGCGUGCUCCCAUGCGCAUGCGCACUCCCACAACAACAACAGUACAGGCGCUAGCUCGCGCGGCUGGAGACUAUUCCGGCGAGCUCGCGACCACAAGCACGCCAACGGCGCGCUCGCCAACGGAGACUACAACAUGAAAGACCUCGCCACUGUAGAAGCUAGUGUUGUGGGAUCCCAGCCUAGGAAUAUAAAUCUCCGCGCGGCGCUCAUCCACGUGAUAGGAGACCUCAUACAGAGCUGCGGAGUCUUGCUCGCAUCUAUACUUAUUAAGUUCUAUCCUGAAGCGAAGGUGGUGGAUCCGAUUUGUACAUUCGUGUUCAGCUUCCUAGUGCUACUGACGUCGGCGCAGGUCGUACGGGAUGCACUCGCCAUGCUCAUGCAGGCUGUGCCCAAGAACUUCAGGUACCGCGAGUGCGUGUCUGCGCUGUCGUCUGUGGGCGGCGUGCGCCACGUGCACUCGCUCCACGUGUGGGCGCUGUCCACGCACUACGUCGUGCUCUCCGCGCAUAUCGCCAUAGACGAGCUGUCGGACAGCGAGGCGGUGCUCCGCGCGUGUCAGCGCGUGGCGCGCGCGGAGUACGGCGUGUCUGCGUGCACGCUGCAGGUGGAGCGGUACGAGCCGCGCAUGCGCAGCUGUCCCGACUGUACCGCGCAGCCCGCGCACACGCCCUGA